AUGUCCUACUUUACGGAGUUCACGACCUACUUCGCCUACAUGCUCCUCAUCGUCGUGGGCCACUUCCGCGACUUCUGGGGCCGCGCGUCGGGCCGCACGCGCUGGAAGACGCUGCUGCCCUCCGGCGCGGGGCGCGCCAAGCUCGCGCCGCUCUUCAAGUCGUGGGAGAACUUCUACACGCGGCGGCUCUACGACCGGAUCAUCGACGUCUUCAACCGGCCCAUCUGCAGCAGCCCGUCGGCGUGGAUCACGGUCCAGAGCCGGGCGACGGACCCGGCGACGAAGGAAUUGGAGAAGACGGGCAAGACGCAGCGGUGCCUGAACCUCGGGUCCUACAACUACCUCGGCUUCGCGGACGAUUGGAUGGCGACGUGCGGGCCCCCCGUGCUCCGGACCGUCGACGACUGGCCCAUCUCCUGCGGGUCGUCGCGGUCGGACCUGGGGACCACGGCGCUCCACCGCACGCUCGAGGAGCGCGUCGCGGCCUUCGUGGGCAAGGAGGACGCGGUCGUCUUCAACAUGGGCUACGGCACGAACAGCACGACGGUGCCGGCGCUCGUCGGCAAGGGCGACCUCGUCGUCUCCGACGAGCUCAACCACGCGUCCAUCGUCAACGGCUGCCGCGCGUCCGGCGCUCUGAUCCGCUCCUUCAAGCACAACGACGCCGAGGCGCUCGAGGCCGUGCUCCGGGAGGCCGUCUCCAUGGGCGCGCCGCGGACGCGGCGGCCCUGGAAGAAGAUCCUGGUCAUGGUCGAGGGCAUCUAUUCCAUGGAGGGCGAGAUCUGCAAUCUGAAGGCCAUCGCCGCCGUCGCGAAGCGCUACAAGGCCUACCUCUACCUCGACGAGGCGCACUCGAUCGGCGCGCUCGGCGCGAACGGCCGCGGCGCGUGCGAGCACUGCGGCGUGGACCCGAAAGACGUCGACAUCCUCAUGGGCACCUUCACCAAGUCCUUCGGGGGCAUGGGCGGCUACGUCGCGGCGUCCAAGGCCGUCGUCGACCACCUGCGCGUCGCGUGCCCGGGCAUCCUGAACCACGACGCGAUGUCGCCGGUCAUGUGCGCGCAGGUGCUCCGGGCCACGGAGAUCAUCAUGGGCGACGGCACGGACCUGGGGGCGUCGAAGAUCCAGGACCUCAAGGACAACUCGAACUACUUCCGCAAGGAGCUCGUCAACGCGGGGCUCCACGUCUACGGCGACUACGACAGCCCCAUCAUCCCCGUGCUCCUCUACAACCCGACGAAGAUCGCCGCCUUCUCCCGCGAGUGCCUCAAGCGCGACCUCGCCGUCGUCGUCGUGGGCUUCCCGGCGACGACGCUCGUGAAAUCGCGCGCGCGGUUCUGCGUCUCCGCGGGCCACACGCGCGCGGACCUCGAGGACGCGGUCGCGAAGAUCAAGGAGGUCGCGGCCCUCAUCAAGAUCCAGUACAAGAUCACGCCCUUCGGCUAG